CGGAGAACUCCAGGUGGCCCUAUAAACCCCAACAACAACAACAACAACAGCAACCUGCACUUCAUCUCUGCUGCCGUAUGGACGUCUGAUUCUUGCCUCAGCAUUGAUGAUAAAUUUCCCUCGUUCCUUCUGGGACACAUGUCCACAUCUUAUUCUGCCUUAGAAAAUGGCAGGUUUUCAAGAACCACUUGCUAAAAGGCCAAAAAUUGAAGGAUACUGCAGAUUUAAUUCAAAAUCAACCCACAUACCUAUACAGCAAAGUCCAGUGAGGAAUGUGAAUGGAUACUUUGGUAAUAAACAACACAGUAGUAAUAUCCCAGUUCCUAAAAGCAUUAACACUCCUCAAGGAAAAGCUAAUGGAAGUGGAGGUAUUCACAGUAAUAGAAAUACUGAUCAUUUGAAAAAUCUCUUUAAACAAAGAUCUGCUCUGCCAAUUUUUCCUGCUCGGUCAAGAUUACUGGAAGAACUGAAAAAGAGUGAUGUUGUUAUUGUGAUUGGUGAGACGGGGAGUGGGAAAACAACACAAAUUCCUCAGUACCUGCAUGAAGAGAGAUGGGAUCGCAAGGGAACCAUCUGUAUCACUCAGCCUCGUAGAGUGGCAGCCAUAACCAUAGCUAAGAGGGUAGCUGAGGAAAUGAACACAAAUUUAGGUGGCUUGGUUGGAUAUUCAGUGCGUUUUGAGGAAUUGGUGUCACAGAGUACAAAACUUAAAUAUGUGACUGAUGGUAUGUUAUUGCGGGAAGCUAUUUCUGAUCCCUUGCUCAGUAAAUACAGUUGGAUUAUAUUGGAUGAAGCCCAUGAAAGGACCAUUAGUACAGAUGUGUUAUUUGGUAUUGUUAAAGGUGCUCAGAAGAGUCGAAAAAUAGUUGCAGGUGAUCCCCUUAAAGUAAUUGUCAUGUCAGCCACAAUGGAUGUUGACCACUUUAGCAACUAUUUUAAUAAAUGCCCUGUGUUGUACAUUGAAGGUCGGCAGCAUCCAGUAGAGAUGUUCUAUGCUAGAGAAAAACAGGAAGAUUAUAUCUUGGCUACUAUGAGUACUGUAUUUCAAAUACAUAAAGAAGCUCCACCACAACAUGAUAUUUUGGUGUUUUUGACAGGCCAGGAAGAAAUUGAUUCAGUGACACACAGUAUCCGGCAGAUUGCAAAGGACAGCAGCUUACAAGAAUAUCCAAAAUUAAGAGUUUAUCCAUUAUAUGCAGCCUUACCGGCACUUCAACAACUUGAUGUCUUUAGAGAAACAGCCUCUGGAGAGAGAAAAAUAAUAAUUAGUACAAACAUCGCAGAAACAUCAGUAACCAUUCCAGGAAUUCGUUAUGUGGUUGAUUCAGGAAGAGCAAAAAUUCGCACUUACAUCCCAGGUAGUGGUUUUGAUGUCUUAAAAGUGAAAAAAAUUUCUCAAGCCCAGGCUUGGCAGAGGACAGGGCGUGCUGGACGAGAAACAUCUGGUUGUUGUUAUAGAGCAUAUACGUUAAAUGAAUUUAAUGCAAUGACUGUUAAUCCAGUUCCAGAAAUUUUGCGUUCAAAUUUGGCUAGUGUAAUUCUGCAACUUGUUGCCGUUGGUAUAAAGAACAUAUUGACUUUUGAUUUCAUAGAUAAGCCAAGUGCACUGCAUGUCCAGCAAGCAGUAGAGCACCUGUCAUUGCUUGGUGCUAUCACCUUAAGAUCUGAAACAUUGGAAUUGACAGAAACUGGGAAGAAAAUGGCACAGUUUCCCAUUGACCCUAGAUAUGCCAAAAUCAUCCUCAGUGGACCAGAGUACGGUUGUACUGAUGAGAUCCUGACAAUUGUGGCUGUUUUGUCAAGUGAAUCUAUAUACAUAAAUCCCAGUGGGAAAAAGGAUGUUGCUGCAAAUACAAGACGCAAGUUUACCUCUGUGGAAGGUGACCACAUUACUAUGCUUAAAAUCUUCCGAGCAUUUAAAGCUUCAAAAGAAAAUAAGGUGUGGGCCCAUGAAAACUACCUGAAUCACCGCAACCUGAUGUAUGCUAUUGCAGUGCGCAAGCAGCUGGUUCAGGUCUGCCAGAGGUGUGAUAUAUCAAUUGUGUCCUGCCAGCAGAACUUUGAUUCAGUUCGUAGGUGCAUAGUAGCUGGACUCUUCACUAAUGUUGCAGAGUUGCAGUUUGGUGGCAAGUAUAUAACACUCGACACAAAACAAGAGGCUACCCUUCAUCCAACUUCUGUCUUGUUUGGUGGGAAACCUGCUUAUGUCCUGUUCUCAGAACUAGUUGUGACAGGAAAAACAUACAUGCAUAUCAAUUCUGUUGUAGAUGCACAAUGGUUAUAUGAAGUGGCACCAGAAUACUUCAGAAAACGUCAUAUUAAGAGAUGAAAAUAAAUCUUGGAUGCACAGUAUUUUAUAAUCAGUCUGACAGAUUAUAUUAACAGAAAGUGCUAAGCCCAUGUAGGUCAUUUAUUAUUACCUGGCAAGGGUGAGAGAAGCAAUGUUGCAGGGAGGAUAUCAGUUCAAAGAGGAAAAAUGAGAUCACAGUUGAUACAUCGUUAUUUAAGGGUUAAUAGAGAAUCUUCAUUAAAUGUGGGAUAGUAAUCAAUGACAAUGAUUGUGAUACAUAUGCCAUGUGUACAAUAUAUUAUUAUUAUUAUAGACUAUUGUAACAUUUGGGGUAGUUUCAGACUCCUUUAGUGCUUAGCAGGCUAUCAAAAAAUUUUAUUUGCCUCAUUAUAUUAUAUUAACACAUCAGCCAUCUCCCACCAAGGCAAGGUGCCCCGAAAAAGAAAAACUUUCACCAUCGUUCACUUCAUCACUGUCUUGCCAGAGGCACACUUACACUACAGUUAUAAAACUGCAACAUUAACACCCCUCCUUCAGAGUGCACUAUACUGCACUCUGCCUCAUCUCCUAGUUUUUCGUAUACAGCUUUGGUUGCACAGCAUUUCUAGCAAAAACAAAGAAAUUGUUUUCUGCUGGGUCCCUGGUUAUGUGGAUGUUUGGGACAACGAACAGGUGGACUCUGCUGCAUGGUCAGCUGUACAUGACCUCCACGUUUCUUGUAGGGAUAUUCCAUUCUCAGACUAUUUUGCUGUAAUGUCUAGCCACCUUCGCAACUGCACUCUCCCAUCUUCAUUUCGGGCACACACAUCUCACUCACGGGUAUCUCAUGGAGAGGCACCCAGUUCCAAUUUUUUGAGAAUUGUACAGUUCUAAUUUCAGUUUUCCAUAUUCUGUUAGACUAUCCUCUCUACUACUGAGCAUGCAGAUUUAUCUCCGACGUAUUCACCAAUCUGACACCAUUACUUUAUCUUCCCUACUCACUGAGGGCCCCACCUUUGACACAGACUCCCACUUUGACUUUUUUGUCAGCAACAGUUUUAUUACACCAACUUUGAUUAUACUUCCUGCAGCGCUGCAUGAACCUCAUGGGUUUAGCACUCAGUUAUGAUUAUAAUAUAGACAAUUGGUAAUUAAUAAUAUAGACUAUUGGUAUUUAACAAAAUAAUCUUGUUCCCAGAAUGUCAUUGCUACUUACCAUAUGGUAAACACUGUAACAACUGAUAGAGGCAAGUUUCCAGAGUACAUAUUGGCCUUUACAGCCAAUUUUGAUUACACAUUAAACAAUACCUAUUCUUGUUAUUAAAUUAACAUUAAAAUACAAGGAAUACAGUAACAAAUUAUGUAACAAUUAUCAGUGAACUACAGUGGGUGAAAAUCCAUUUCUCAAGUGCCAAGUUUUCAAGUUUAUUGCAUUUAGCUUGUUCUAUUUGAUUUCUAUAGUUCAUGAUUUCUAGUUUAGUUUGGGCAAAGAUAUAUUUUUAUAAUGUCUGUAAAUCAGAAUAAGAUGGGAGAUGGAGGAAGUUGGAUUAAUCAUAUGAUAAUAGAUAAAUUAGGGUUGUUACCUCCAUCCUCUCUUUAUCUAAUUCUGUUUAGCCUAUGAUACCUCUUAUCUGAAUAUGUGUAUGUUUGAAGAUAUAUUUAGAUUCAAGCAAGAUAGGUAUAAUAUUAUAAUGCUAUUCACAAGAAAGCACUAAAAUAAGAUCAGAAUUAUCAUCAUAGUCAUGGGAAUUUAUAAAAGAACAUAACGGAUCAUAAAGCGCUUGAAGACUCUGUCCUGCCUGACAUGACUAUUAAAUGUCACUCCUCUCCACAUGCUGUACAUUUAAUUCCUCCCAUCUCUUUACUUUUGCCUCUUCACAACAUACUAAUACUUAUUAAUUAUUUUUUAAGGAGAAGCACUUGAUAGGAGUCAUGCAGCACCUGGGAAAUGGGACAUGUUAGUUUGAUCCAAGAAAGACAAACAUGUCUAAUUUCUUAGAUCAAAAAGCCCCUUCCUUACCAGCAGCAAGGAACCUCCCUUGAAGGGUCUUUGGUCUCUUGUGCUAAGCAAACUUUGACUUUCCUUAUUAACUCUUAAGUUCUCUGUUUCUCUCUCACUUAUUACAGAUCGACCAUCACUAAUCCGGCAUCAUUGGGACCUGUAGGGUGCCAGACCUGGCAUGGUAAACCACAGGAAUCUGUAUUGUACCUUUGAAAGCCUUUGGAUGUAAACUCUACCGAUGAUGCUAGCCAAAAUUAGGGCCGGAUUAGUGAUGGCCGACCUGUGUUAUCAUCACCCUUCACACUACGAUACUUACUUUUGCUGAUAGGGUCCUUCUGUCUUACUGAAUUUGUGAUCUAUAUGGGUUUAAAGCAUUUUAUGAAUACUGUAUGAUAGCAUUAAGGCAUCACCAUUGAAGGGAGCAAGAUCAGUAAAUAUAUUUGAUUA